CCCUUACCUUUUGCAGGUUUGGUUCGACUCGAAUGUGCUGUGGAACUCAUAUAAGUUUUGUCAAAUUCUAACGAUUGCAGCUCCAAGGAAUUUAUUUUGGAGACCAGACAUUGUUAUAGCAGAGAGCGUCAAGACAGAGAUCGGAACAGUAGAGUCUUCCUAUGUGCAAUUGGUCUUUUUUGGCUAUGUGGUUUUGCCUGAAGUUUUGUCUCUGAACACAGUCUGUAAGCUGAACCUCUACAGGUUUCCCUUCGACACCCAGAGCUGCAAUAUAACAAUUCAGUCUGUGGCGUAUUCAAAUGUGGAUCUUAAACUUGAGACAUUGCAUGAUACAGGCGUUCUUACGAAUUCUUCCAAGCAAUCCUUUCAGUCCCAGGGAGAGUGGGAGCUCCUCAAUAUAAGCACAUCUAAGUCUAAAGUCUUCCUUAUGUUUGGCUACGCAGAUCAGCUGAUAUAUCAGAUCACCAUCAAAAGAAGACCUCUACUGCAUGUCAUCAACAUUAUCCUACCAGUGUUCUUCUUCCUUGUGCUGGACGUGACCUCCUACUUCAUAGACACAGACGGAGCCGACAAGCUCAGCUUUAAAGUGACUUUACUGCUGGCUAUUUCUGUGCUGCUGCUGAUUCUUAAUGAUACCCUGCCCUCUACGACUUAUGAACUUCCUCUGAUCGGAAUUUACUGCAGUGCGAUUUUCAGUCUCAUUGGCAUCAGCAUACUGGAGACCAUUCUUGUGAAUUUUUUGAGGGCUAAAGGAGCUAAGAUCCUAUCUGCAUCAGCUGCUGUUACUGGACAAGAUGAUGGUGUUAGUGGCCCUCCGGUCGAUCAAGACAGGGAUCAAAAAGAGUUUCAGAUUGCAAUGUGGUGGAUAAAAGUGGCAAGAAUAACAGACAUGAUGUUCUUGAUUCUCUAUCUACUCACCAUUGUUGUGUUUCUGUCUGUGCUUGGGAAAGUUUGGUACAUACACUGAUCUCAUAUUAAUGAAAUGACAAAAAUGGAAACUUGUUAACACUAGAGCAACCAGAAUUCUAUAACUACUAGAAAAUGAUCACAUGUGGUCAUACAUAAUAUAUUUACAUUCAAAGCUUCUUUUGAGAUAUUAAAAUUAAGCUUGCAUCAGGGGUAUUGCUAGACAUAAAGCUCUACUGGGAACGGACCC